AUGCCGAUUAGUGAGAAACUUCCAACUUGGGCCGUUGUUCCGGCUGUUUUAGCCGUGUUUUCCGUAAUUUUCUAUCAGAUCUUAAUCGCGCCGGACAAUUUGAACGGCACCAAAAAUGUAUUGUCGAUGGCUAAGACCAUACCACUUCCUGUCGAUGGACCAGAGAGCAUUGAGUGGGAUCCGCAAGGAGGAGGUCCUUAUGCUGCUGUUGUGGACGGCCGUAUUCUCAAGUGGCGUGGAGAUGGUCUCGGUUGGGUUGAGUUCGCAUACACAUCUCCUCGCAGAGGGAACUGUUCCCGGCAUGAAGUAGUACCUACAUGUGGAAGGCCACUAGGACUUAGUUUCGAGAAGAAAACAGGAGACUUGUACAUCUGUGAUGGUUACCUCGGGGUCAUGAAGGUUGGGCCAGAAGGAGGCUUGGCUGAGUUGGUAGUGGACCAGGCUGAAGGUCGCAAAGUAAUGUUUGCAAACCAGAUGGAUAUUGACGAAGAGGAAGAUGUCUUCUACUUCAAUGACAGUAGUGACAAGUAUCAUUUCAGGGAUGUAUUUUACGUGAUUGUCAACGGUGAGCGGCCAGGAAGAGUGAUCAGAUACAAUAAGAAGACGAAAGAGGCCAAGGUUGUCAUGGACAAUCUCCGUUGUAACAACGGUUUGGCUCUAAACAAAGAUAGAUCUUUCUUAGUCUCAUGUGAGUCUGCCACUGGCCUUGUCCAUCGAUAUUGGAUUAAAGGUCCUAAAGCCGGGACUCGUGAUAUCUUCGCCAAGGUUCCUGGUUAUCCUGACAACAUCCGUUUGACACCCACUGGUGAUUUUUGGAUUGGUAUACACUGUAAGAAAAACUUACUAGGACGAUUGGUUGUGAAUAAUCAGUGGUUAGGGAAGUUAGUUGAAAAGACGGUGAAGUUAGAGUUAUUGAUUGGGUUAGUGAACGGGUUUAAGCCGCAUGGGGUGGCCGUGAAAAUCUCCGGGGAGACGGGGGAGAUAGUUGAGAUACUUGAGGACAAAGAAGGGAAGACAAUGCAGUAUGUGAGUGAGGCUUAUGAGAGAGAUGAUGGUAAGAUAUGGUUUGGGUCCGUUUUCACGCCUGCCGUAUGGGUUCUUGAUCGCAAGUGAGUGAUUCCGUUUGUUGUAUG